CGUCUCUUCUUCUCACUCUUCUCCUCUUUCUUGGUUUUGCCUCCUUGACGCGUUUCAAUUUUUUAGAUAGAAUAAAAUUUGUUCUUGUUUUAUUGUUUGAUUGGUUGUGUGAAAUAAAAAUAAUGAAAUUUUGCCUUGAAUGGGAUUUUCAUCUAGAAUGGACUUUUUUUUUGUGUGUUUCAUUGUUUGGUUGGUUGGUUGGUUGGUUGUUUGUGUGAAAUAAAAAGAGUGAAAUUUUGCCUAGAAUGGGAUUUUCAUCUAGAAUGGAGGGUUUUUUUUUUUGGGGGUUUCAUUGUUUGUUUGGUUGGUUGGUUGUGUGAAAUAAAGAGGACGAAAUUUUGCCUUCAAUGAGCGCUUUUGGUUUGAUUGGAUGGAACAAUUGCUGUUUGUCAUGUUAGUUUUCGUCCAAUGAUCAAUUUAAUCUGUUUUGCUUUGGUUGUUUGAAUGAUUCUUGCUGAUAAUUUUUUAUCUUAUCAUUCAUGUCACAUUGACAGCGAAAGUUUUGACUUUUCUUUUGAAAAAGUCAAGUCUCAUUGGUUUAUUGGUAAUUCCCUUCAAUUCGCUUGGAUCUAACAGAACCAUAAAUAAUAUUAAAUUGGUUUUAUUUUUUACCAGUCCUCACUGUAAAAAACAUGAUGAUUUAAGGAGCUUUAAAGAAACAGUGUUGCAUGCUAUUGGUUUAUAUUGGUGGUUGGUUUUGGCUUUGUACCUUUCUUUGGCGAUGAUAUGAUGGUUGAUUGGUUGGGUUCUUACAUUUUUUUUUUGUUGGCGAUGAUUAAGUUAUCAGCAAAUUGUUGUGGCCAGAGUGUGGAUUUAUUGGACGUGCCUUGAUCAUUAUACUUUUACAUGACAACCUCAAACAAUUAAACAUUUCAAGCUAGAUCGUUUCUGUUUUAAGAAAAUGAGUUAUUUGAAUGUAUGGAUUCAAAUAAAGGGCCAAAGGGUGAAUUGAUUCUGGGUACCGCUUCACUGAACCUAGCAGAGUACACAUCUGCUUCUGAAGAAGUCGAGAUAAUCCUCCCAUUGUCGGUGCCAAACGGUUCAUCCGAGUCUUCCCCAUCACUUCAUCUCACUUUGAGCCUGGUGGAAUUAGGACCUCCUCACCAAUCACCUGAUGCUUCACAGCGUUCUGCUGUUACCGCUCCAUUGUCACCUUCCAGUGGUGACUCUGUUCCUUCCAGCAAAGAUGAGGUUUCUUCUGUCAUUAAAGCGGGGCUGAGAAAUCUAAAAAUUCUCACAGAUCUAGUGUCGACACGGAGGUCCAAAAAGACUAACCGAGAUGAUGAUGGCAGUGAGGAUAAGUGCUAUGUUCACAGUGAUGGUGCUGAAUACCCUUCUGAUACUGACUCCCUCGACGAAGAUCUAGAUGAUAGAGAGCGGGAUGAUGGCUUAGGGGGUUCAACUGUCAGGAAAUCCUUCAGCUAUGGUUCCUUGCAGUCUGUGAAUUAUGCCGGUGGCCUACUUUAUGCACAUGCAAGGAUUGAUGGAGAGCAUGAGGACUGGAUAUACUACAGUCACCGGAAAUCUGAAGCGGGUUAUUCUGUAGAGCAAGAGGCCUCAUCCACUGCUGAAGAACCUGUGGUUUCAGUAUCGCGGAGGAGUCUGCUUCCCUGGAAGAAGAAGAGGAAAUUGAAUUUACGGUUAUUGAAGGUACUGAAGAAUAAAGGGGAACCUUUACUGAAGAAGGGGAAUGACGAAGAGGGAGGUGAUGACAUUGACUACGAUCGGCGAUUAUUGACCACUUCUGACGGAAAUGCUUUAGAGGGAUCAGAUAGCUCCAUCAAUAGUAUGGUGUCAAUAUUUGGUGAUGAUAAUUUUGUAGUUGGGAAUUGGGAGUCAAAGGAAGUACUUAGUCGUGAUGGCCACCUGAGGUUGUCUACCCAGGUGUUCUUUGCAUCAAUUGACCAGAGAAGCGAACGAGCUGCAGGGGAGAGUGCCUGUACAGCACUUGUAGCUGUCAUUGCAGAUUGGUUUGAAGCAAACCAGGAUCUGAUGCCAAUCCGCUCGCAGUUUGAUAGCCUUAUCCGAGAAGGGUCUCUGGAAUGGAGGAAACUCUGUGAGAACGAGACAUACAGAGAGCGAUUUCCUGACAAGCACUUUGAUCUUGAAACUGUCCUUCAUGCCAAGAUCCGCCCACUCACAGUUUCCCCCAACAGGUCAUUCAUUGGGUUCUUCCAGCCUGAAAGUACUGAGGAUGGAAGUGGAUUCGAUUUCCUUGAUGGAGCAAUGUCAUUUGACAACAUAUGGGAUGAGAUUAGCCGAGCAGCAGAGUGCUCCACUGAAAAACCUACUCUAUAUAUUGUCAGCUGGAAUGACCAUUUCUUCGUCCUCAAGGUUGAGGCUGGCGCAUAUUACAUUAUCGAUACACUUGGUGAGAGGCUGUAUGAAGGUUGCAGCCAAGCUUACAUCUUGAAGUUUGACGACAACACUACAAUUCACAAAGUACCUGCUGAAAAGAAAGAAGCCAACCCUGAUUCCAGCGGGCGGUUGAAGGAUUCGUCAGAUAGCUCAUCAACUGAUCAGGACAGCGGAACUGACACUGAAGAGUGCGAGCUCGUGUCGAAGGGUAAAGAAUCAUGCAAAGAGUACAUCAAGAGCUUCUUGGCUGCCAUCCCGAUCCGCGAGCUGCAGGCCGACAUCAAGAAGGGUAUCAUAGCAUCGACGCCACUGCACCACCGUCUCCAGAUCGAGUUCCAUUACACCGAAUCAUGCCCCGAGGAGAUCCCGCUGCCUGCUCCAUUACCUGCCAUUGAAGCUCCCUUUGAGUUCUCCUGGCCUGAGCCGCCUCCUGCCAUGGAGGUUACCCUAGCACCCGCAGUCGCCGCCAUAUAACUCACCAUGGAAGUGCCUGCCCUAAUGUUUAACAUAUAGAGAGCCUCUUUUUCAGGGCGAAUUGUGAAGUGAACCAGAUCAAAGAUUUGGCUUCGUUUCUAGUUUGCACUGUUUUUUUGCUGUCUAAUUAUGAUGAACUGACUAGUAUAGGUGACCCCCCCUCCCCCCCUUUGGUGUAUGUUUUCUACUUUUCUUCACCUUCCCUUCCAGGUUUUAGAGCUUUCAUUUUGUAAAGAAAGAAAGGGUGUUUGCUCCUAGUUAUCUUCACCUGUGAAGUGGCUUGUGCUCAACUUGUAAUCCUUGAACCAUAUCAUUAUGUUAAUUAAGCCCUUGUUAUCUUCUAAUACAUGUUCCUGCUGGUUUAAUCUCA